GACUUAUCGACGAAAACUUCAGGUUGGUUCAUUUUUUUCAUUUCUGCGAGGCGAAGAAGUCUAAUUUGUGGUUUGGCUGUGAUAAAAUUAUUAAAUUUAGCUGCUGUCUAAUCCAAAAUGGAUCAAUUGAAGGCUCUGGUGACAACGAUAAGGGCGUUGAUUAUAUCACGUCCCCACAACACCACCCUACAGGACCUGAUGAAGGAGUACAGGGAGUUGGAGGGAGAGAACAUUCCCUUCAAGAAGCUGGGAUUCAAAUCUUUGGAGGAUUUUCUUGUGGACUCCAAAUCGUUUGAAUUGCGAAGGCAAAAUGGAGAGGUAUUUGUUCGGGCAAUUUUGAAGCAGGAAUCAGCACAUCUGGUGAAGAUGAUUGCUGCACAGAAGAAGACGAAACCCAAGAGAAGCCGAGGAACUUCAUCUGUGCAGAUCCGUCCGCCUUUCAUUCGUCAUCCUCCUGGACAGUACCAGGCACCUCAUCGUCCGAUACCUCCUCCACGACCGAGUUAUGUUGCACAGAGAAUUCUCUCAAGGCCAAAGAGUCAGCACGUGGAGACUGUUACGACCAGGAUGCCACGACUUGUGCCAAUUGAACCACUUAAACCUCCAACAAAGGCUACCAUUCCGGCAGCAGGCACUGUACCGAAGCCUUCGGUAAAUCAUCGCAUUGUCCGGUAUGAACCACCAAUUGUGGAGAAGUACACUGAAGCCAAAAGCGCACCACGUAUUCCGGAAAGGACUGUCAAUGCGAGAUUGAUGCGUCAGUCGUCUCUCCCGACACCACCGGACACACCGAGUCCGAGUCCACCGAUUCAAGUGACCGUGCAGAAUACUCAAUACUCCAAUGGCUUCAGCUAUUCCCAGGCAACUACGCGCCAAUCUCAGCACGUCUCACCCGUCGUGGAGUACACAGAACCAGAGAUAUCAAUGACUGUGACACCAGAACCGGAGAAGUUUGUCCUCAACAAGGACACCACGACACCGAUUCAGGAUCUCGAUGUUUACUGCAGAAUGUGUGACUACACCGAACCGCAUUACACGUACUCCUGUGUCACUUUCAAAGGUGGCGACAGGAUGUUCCAGUGCCGGGUGACAAUAAAUGCCAUGACUUACUGCUCAUACCCAGAACACUGUAAUUCAAUUGAUGAUGCACAACGUGUGGCUGCACUCAUUGCAAUUAAUCGCUUGCUCGUGGAGGAGGAGAUCAAGAAGUAUCCGGUGUGCCGAGAGGAUGAUGUCUCCAUUGCUGGCAAAUUGGUUCAGACCUUGAAGGAGUACCCACAUGGGAUUGUCGAGAUGGCAAUUCCGGAGUAUUUCCGCAAAGACUACGGGCUGUCUCUACCUGAAAAUUGGGCCAAUAUUCUCUACAAGUACGAUCAUUUCACAGUGGAGGAGAUUGGUGGUCGUAAUAUUGUUUACACAGAAGAGAUCAGCACAAGUCGUCCAAUGUCUGAUUUGAUGAAUGAUCUGGAGAUUAGCGAGUUUGAGGCAUUGGAAUUGCCGUGGUCAUUGGAUAAGUGGACAAUCCAAAUUACAAAUCCCGUUUCGACUACGGAAAUUUACGGGAGGAUCGUCGGUGAGAAGUACAGUAAGCGUCUGGAUGCACUACUGGUUGACAUUGAGAUGGCAAUGAUGACACAAACGCCACCAAUUGUUCGCUGUGAGGAUGUUCAGGAGGGACGUAUCUACCUUGUUACGCACAGCACAAUUUGGAGUCGUGUACGCGUUGAGGCCAUUGAUCAUGAAAAUGCCCGUCAUCAUUGCUUCUGCAUCGAUACGGGUGAGCAAGAUGUGUACACAGAAUUGUAUGAGUGCAGUCCUGAGUACCUGAAGCUUCCACAUCAGGCAAUUUGCUUCAGUUUGGCCUUCUUGGAGAACUUUGAAGGGAAUCCAUAUGUGAAGCAGCAUUUGGAUUCGAUUUUCUUGCGUUCCCCGCGACCACACUUCUUGGCACGUGUGCUGACGAAGCAGGAGGAAUUUGAGCAGCAUAGCAAUUUGGAGAGUGACAUGCCCAUUAAUGUGGUGCUCAUGAAUGCCGACUGCCCAAGUCUCGAGAACAAUGUCAAUCAAGUUAUUCUGCAGAAGAUAUGCAAUGAGACACCGGCACCACAGCUCGAGCGCACUGCUCUCACACUUGUGAAGAUCACGCAUGUUUCCCAGAGUGGUGAUGUGUUCUGCCAGGUGAAGAAUAUCGGACUGAACUACAUUCAACGCCUCACGGACUCUCUUGUCAAUGAUCAAUCCAAGAUGAAGCUCCGACGAUCACUCGAAUCCACGGAUAAUGAUAUUAGAUACCUGAUUGUUGAUCGAAGCACAGAUAAAUGGUAUCGUGCCACCCCAGAGGGUCCAAUUAAUCUCAAAGACACCACUCACCGGAUGUUUUGCAUUGAUUUUGGCUUUGUGCUCGAUGUUCAUGUGAAUGAUAUCUCACAAUUGGAGCCACUCAGCCAAGCUCUGUGCAGAUUCCCCGCUUUGGCCAUCAAGUGCCGUCUGUAUGGAUUGCAGAACAUGACACCGCCAAUUGUGUCGCGUAUCAAGGGACUCCUCAGUGAAGAUUCCGAGUGUAUAAUGAAGGUGAUGGUGUCAAUAUCGGCUGUGCCACAGGUCAAUUGCUACAUGCGUCAUCAGGGUGGGACAUUUUUCUGCAUAAAUGAAUCCAUCAAGAUUGAGGAGGAACUCGUGCGGCAAAAUGACAUGAACCGCAAUUCGCCAAGGAGCUCAUCCAAUUCUCCGGAUAGUGAGAAUUUUGCAAGACUGAAGACGUCGCUACCAAAGAUAGCACGCACACUGAGUGCCUUCCAGAAGAUUGAAGACUUUGAUGUUCCACCACCAGAGUCGACAUUUACCCUAAAUGUGGUACACAUAUCGAAUCCAACGAACUUUAUCAGCCAACCCUGCGAUGGGAAGAUUGAGGUAAUCUUCAGGGAACUCAUGGCCAAGCUGCAGAAACAUUGCUCAGGGAGCAUUGAUAAACCCCUAUCUAUGGAGCAGCUGGAGAUUGGGCAAGCAUAUGCCGUGUUCUCCGAGAAGGAUCGCCGUUGGCACAGGGGCAUUUUGGAUCAAAUGAUUGAUAGCCAGCUUAUGCAGGUGACACUCUGUGACUACGGUGAGAAAUUGUUGGUGGCCACCAACAAUAUCAAGAUGCUUCCGAACGAUUUCCGCAAACUAUCGAAACAAGCCAUCAGAUGUAGCCUCCAUGGCAUCAAACCAACUCACGGUGAUUGGACAACCGAUGAUAUCCUUCGCUUUCGUGAGUUGGCCUCGGAUACUGAGAAGAAAUUCACCAGUAUCAUAAAGAAGAUUAACAACAAAUCCGUGGAUGGCAGUAAGAUUGUCGAGUUGAUGCUUCUUGAUCCAGAAUCAGGGAAGGAUAUAAUUCUGAACAAUAUUCUCCUCAAGGAGAAUCGCGCGGAAUAUAUUUAAAUUUUUUGUGUUAAGUCGCGUAGUUUUGUUUUCUUUUAAAUAUUAACUACAAAAUUUAACCCUUAAUUGCUUUUUUCAACGUUACCUUAUGAGAAAAAAAUCAAAUUAUACUUUCCAACAUUAAUUAAAAAAAAAACUUAUUAUAAUUUCAUUCCGAUGAAUUCGAAUAUAUGACAUUUUUUCGUUACUCACAAAAUUUAUUAAAUUAAAAAAAAAGAAUAAUCUGAAGAGAUAAAAAGAAUGAAGUAUUAUUAGCAAUAAAUAACAUUUUUUUACCUACUACGUAAAAAGGCUUUAUGACCAAAAACAAAACUUAUGAAUAUUUAAAUGAAAAAAAAAAAAAAUAGAGAGAUUCCCAUUUGGUUAAUCAUAUCGAAUAUUUAAUAUUCAUUAUUUAAGAUCACUCAUCAUUUGAUAAAAGAUAUUUUUGAAAAGAUAAUGAAUUUAAUAUAAAAAAAAAAACAUGUAGAUUGAAAAAGAAGAAUAAAUAUAUUUACUCAUGUUAUUAAA